AUGGAAGACGCCUUUUUCGCCCAGGCGCACAAAAUUGGGUACGGCUACGUCCUGAACCUGCUCUGUGUCGUCGGUAUCCUGGGCAACGUCUUGGUGCUCCUCGUGCUGUCGCAACAGCGCGCCAUGACGUCAUCGAAUGCUGUGCACUACCUGCGGCUCUUGGCGCUCGCGGAUAUUUGCGUGCUGGCUUUUGCUGUCGGCCGGUACAGGUACCCACUGUUCUGCAUGAAGUCCCGCUGGAACCCUGUGUCCGUGUACCUGCUGACAGCGGCCUGUACCCACGGGGUGGCGGGGUUGGUCUGUCCGCUCAUCUUCUCCAAGGAGGUGAAUCACGUGACUUACCUGAACAUGACGGUCGCCGUAGUGGAGGUGACAGAGUUUGGCAGGAGCAGCAUGUAUGAGUGCAGCUUCAAUCAGUUCGUGAUUCCACUGAUCUGGUACAUCAUACCUUGGUGCGUCAUGGUCGUUAUAAACACCAUGCUCUACAUAGAGGUCCAGAAAUCCUCCCAGCUGCGUGUUGACCUUCCCGACCUGCCCCAGCCCAACCGGAAGCUGUCACUGCUCAUCGUGCUGGUCGUGUUCCUGCACAUGACCUGCAACUUCCCCAGGUGCAUGGUGGCCGUGUAUAACCUGGCUCACCCCGGGGGUCACCGCAGGCAUGACGGGAGUUCAACCUGCGGCCCGGGGUCACAGUCCAGCGCCUACGCUUUCAUCACUGUUGUUUCCAACAUACUAAAUGUCAUGAACAGCUGCAUCAACAUUAUCGUUUACUGCGGCUGCGGAUCUAAAUUUAGACAAGAAUUACGUCACUUCCUGACAUGCCGGAUUUGUAAAAACAGAGUCUCUCCAAUCAGCAGCGUCGCUACACACCACGUGACGGCCCUCGCAGGAACGAAUUUAAAAUGA